UUGGGACACACUUUAAUGCCAGCUACAUGUUCGCAUUUGACAAUUUCAAAGCAACAUGAAUCAUUGAUGGCACAGUUAUUAAACAUAUUAUUUAAAAAAAACGACCCCUACAACUCGUGGGGUUUUCAAGUAUGUGGUGGUCGGGAUAGCUGGCGUCCAUUAUCUAUCAAACAUGUGCAAAAUGAAACUUUAGCUGCUAAUUAUCUAAACGUAGGAGAUCGAGUAUUAGAAAUAGAUGGAAUAGAUUGCUAUUCUUUAACCGAGUCACAAGCUAUUGCAUUCCUUCGAAGACCUAGUACUUGUAUAGAAAUUUUAAUAUUGAAGCGCCGAGGAGAAAAUGUCGUACCUCCUAAAAGAUCGUCAAGCUGUAAAGCUUUACAAAACUUCAGUUUUCAAAAUAUUAAAAAUCAAAAAAGUCUUUCAGAGCCUUGUUCGCCACCUGAAAAUUAUUAUGAAAACUCGCCGGAUCCAUAUGCAAAUAAUCACAUAAAUACUAGACGUUUUUCAAACAAUAGUGAUGAAACACUGAUAUCAUUAAAUAAAGAAGACAUUCAAGUACAACAAAAAUCUCAACCGCUGACUCAAGUUCAAAAGACAUCCACAAUUUUUUCUAAUUUUAGACCGCGUAGAAAUUCAUUUCAUAAAGAUUUUGAGCAAAUACGUCUUAGAAGUAGAUCGAAUUCGCCACAGUUUUGGAAAGUUCAUACAGAUGCUUCUCCUAUUAUCGGAUCAUCUAGUAAUUGUAGAAACUUUUGGAAAAAACUUGAAAAGAGCUCUAUAGAAGAUUUAAGUAUUCGUCAAACCCCAAGUCCAGUUAGACCAGCGAGCGUUGCAUUUUAUCCUAAAACGACAGAACCUAUGAUUUCACCAGUUAAAUGUGACGUUUCUCCUAAGAAAAGAGUGACGUUUAGUAAUGUAUUAUUAGAAAGAAAUUUCUUACAAAUGGAUUUACCAGAUUUAUCACCAGGUUCAAAAGUAGAUGAAGAAUUUAACAAGAUAUACAACAGCGCGAAACAGGAAGAUCAUCAUCAAGUAGGAGCGACUAAAUCAUUAGGAGAUAUGUCCGCUCCUCCUCCGCCUCCACCAAUGCCACAAUUUUCUGGAGGCACAAUUCAAGGUGGCGGACCACCUCCACCACCUCCAAUGCUCCAUAAUGGUCAUAUACCGGCAAUCCGGAUAAAAACCGAGCUAAAUGAACAGCCCAGAGAAUUGCCAUCAGCUAUUCAGAAUGCAAUGGCGACAAAAGAUAAAAAACCGUUUACAUAUUUACCGGGAGGCUUAGAUCUUAGUGAAAUUAAGAGCCCAAGAAUGCAAAGACGUUUAGAAAGAAACGCUCAAACUCCUCCUAGUCCAGAUCAAACACCACAAAAAUCACCUGAAUAUCACCAACAACAACAGCAGCAAAAUCCCACCCAAUUUCAACAGCAAAUUAAUCCUCAACAAUAUCAUUUACCACAACCACCCCCACUGCCUCCACUACACCAACAACCACUACUGAAACCAACUUUUGAACAGAAACCAAUUUGCAAUGUGCUUCCACCUACGGAGAAAAUUUGUCUUUUACCUCAAGUCCAACAGCCAUUGUUAAAUAAAGCACCUACGCCAUGGUUACAAAAAAAUGUUCAACCACAACAGGUUCAAAACUUUGCACCUUGGGCUCAAAAUAGAAAAGAUGAUGUUGAUCAGGUUGACAGGCCGUUACAAGAAAGGGUAAUACCUCUAAGAGUGGAGCCUGUUAGACAGCCACCUUUACGACCACAGUUACAACACCCAGUGAAAAACACGAGUAAUUCCUACGACUCGGAACCUAUACAAGGAAGAUCAUUUAAAGUGCUACAACAAAUCACACAAGAGCCUAAAGGUAUUUAUGAUGGCACUCAGCCUUACAACAGUCAAGCUCUUCCUCUUUCAGAGCUCAGAAAGUUAAAUUUAAGCGAAGAUGAUCGAACGUUCAUGAAUAGAGUAAAAUCCCAAGCUAAUGUAGAUAAAGAAAAUCCAAGGUACAAGGGAGGUUCCAUACCAUCUAGAAUAUUUAAAACAUUGGAAAAUAGCGUUGAUGAUGAACAAUUUUUACAUAAUGAAACGGAUCCUCGUUACAGAGGUGCAUCUAUACCGUCUAGAAGUUUCAGAAUAUUGCAAACAAUGACCAACUCAGGACCGGUUCCAAACAGUGUGCAACACUCAGUGCCAGUAACUCAUUAUAUAUCAGAGCCUGUCGAAUCAAAGAUCUAUGUACCGCCAUCAGAAAGGCCAGUAGGCCAUGAACCACAUAAAUAUACUGGAGGAUCAAUUCCAUCCAGGUCUUUCAGAAUGUUGCAAGCUAUGACAGGACAGAAUAACGAAAAAGAGGAUGAAAAUUCGCGAAUCCUAUCGCUGGCCCCUUAUCCCUACCCAUCUAAUGAAUAUUGGCAACAUUACAAAAAUUUUAAAAAAUUUCAUGAGCAGAAUAUAAUUGAAAAUCUUCAAGACCUGCCUUCUCUUUCACUUGACACUCAUAUUCCUCAUGCGUUAAACACCAUAAAUGAGGAAGAAUCUGUAGUCAAAUCAACUGAUAAAUUCAAAGAUAAAGAACAAAGCACAGAAACGGAAAAUAAGAACCGAUGUGUCAUUAAAGUCAAAGAAGAAAAUAAAAGAGAAAAUGAAGAUGUGGUUGAUGCAGAUUGCGAAGUGACCGUCACGAUUACUUUGCCGAAAAAAACUGCCCUAAAAAAGACAGAAGAUAAAUUAAACUCUAAUUGUAAUUCUUCAAAAUCACCUGUUGAUUUUUGGCAACAAAUCAACGACGAAAGUUAUACACAAGAUAAGGAAACAAUAAGUGAGUGUACAUCGGAAAAAGAACAACUAAAACAAAAUGCGGAUUAUCAUGUUGAUGUCUCGGAUAGCGAAUCAGAAGAAUCGCCAAAUUAUCUAUUGCUGGACGUGAAAGACCAUCUCGUACCAAAGCUAGGUAGUGAUGAUGGUGAUUCUGGUAUUACCUCGGAUAUCAGUCGACAAACAUCUGAAAAGGAAAUGAAUGGACCGAAAAAGUACCAGAGGUCGUGCACACAUUCAAGACUAAUGAGUUUUCUUCAGGAUGACGAUGUUGACGAGGAACAAAACACACCAACUACUUAUAGUACUCGAGUUCACACGUCCGGUUAUUCGUCAAUGGCAACCACACCUAACACGCCAUCUGUCCAUAAUGGCUACCGAACUAUGAAAACUGAAUAUGAAGACUACUACAAGAGCUGGGAAUUUGAAUGUCCAUAUGAAGGAUAUGAUAUUAUUCCGUCCAAAGCGUUCAAGGCGAUUCAAGGGGUCAGCGUCAAGACUUCGGCCAAGUUCAAAUGUCCAAAAAUUCCUAUAGAUCGUCAAGAAAAUUGAAAGUGUUAUUCAAUAUUAUGUUAAUUUUUGUUAUCUCAUAUUUUUUUUAACUUUUAUAACGUUUUUAAGGUCAUUUAGAAUUGGGAGAAUCUGACUUUUGAUUUAUUCAGCAGAACUUUUUUUACAAUCGCAUAACUUCUACAUUAAAUUAAAUUAUCGUUGUAAAAAUGAUUAGUUAUUGUUUUCUGUACGCUCACGUGUAUAAUAAUUAUUUCAUAUUUUUACAACAUGUAUGAAUAUAUUAACACAUUUUAUUUAUAAUUAUUGAUUAUUAAUUAAAUAAAUUAUGUAUUACUUAUAAUUAAAUAAAAUUU